UUUGAAAAUAAUAAUUUAAUUAUAUUUAAUUAAAACAAGAGUCUUAAUUCUUCAAAUUCCUUGUUUUAGUUUAUAAACAUUUCUCAAAACAGUUCUGUGCUAUCUUGUCAUUGUUCCAUAUGAAUGGUUCAUUCAGAUAAAAUAUUAAAAACAACCAUGGCAGAUGAUUAUGAAUCUGACUUCGAUACAGCAUCCACAGCAAGGACAUCGCCUACCAAAUCAUUAACUUUACCUUACGGAAGUUCUCAUCAUUGUUUUACUCGCUCAUAUGGAUUCUACUCAGCUAGGACACCUUCUUCAGCUGCUAGUGAAAAUCCUGGAAAGAAGUAUCUUAAAUCUUCAUUUCCAGACCUAAUAGACACAUUAAAAAGCCACACAAGACCAAAACUGAAAAGGGAAAUAUCCACACCUGAAUCUCAUGAAGAAAUUAAGAAUAAAAAAGAUGAGAAGAGACUUACAUUUGGCGAGGAAAUACGUCGAAGAAACGAGAGUCAAUGGCUGAGGAUAGAAGAUGUUGUCAAGGACACAAUGGAAAGAUACGAUGAUUAUUGUAAAAAGCUGACCAUCAAAAAUGAAGUUCAACAAAAGGAAAUUCAGGAAAAAAACCAAAAACAGAUAAAGAUACUUGAAAAAAUGGAAGAAAAGAAAAAAUCGGAUAAUAUGAAACAAUCAUCAUAUGCAAGAAUAUGGAAUCACCACGCUAAAAUGAGAGAAUUAGCUGAAAAGUUAUACGAGGAGAAAUUAGAGAGGGAGCAGAUAAGGCAUGCUAGAUAUAGGAAAAAGGCAAGUUAA